AUGGGAAAUAGACUCUCGGACCAGACGCCGAUCCUCUCCAGCCUGCCUUCCUUCCAGAGCUUUCACAUCGUCAUCCUGAGGCUAGACUGCGCUGGGAAGAUGAUAGUACUCUACAGACUGCAGUUCAAUAAGUUCGUCAACACUGUCCCCACUAAAGGAUUUAACACGGAGAAAAUCAAAGUGAUGCUGGGCAACUCAAAGACGGUCACUUUCCACUUCUGGGAUGUAGGCAGCCAGGAAAAGCUGAAGCCGCUGUGGAAGUCGUACACAAGGUGCACUGAUGGCAUUGUGUUUGUGGUAGACUCUGUUGACGUUGAGAAGAUGGAGGAGGCCGAAACAGAACUACAUAAAAUUACUAGGCUAUCUAAGAAUCAAGGCGUGCCUGUCCUUAUCAUUGCUAACAAGCAGGACCUAAGGAACUCCCUCUCCCUUUCUGAAAUAGAGAAAAUGUUAGCAAUGAGUGAGCUGAGUUCUUCAACACCCUGGCAUUUGCAGCCUACCUGUGCAAUCAUUAGAGACGGACUUAAAGAGGGACUAGAGAAGCUACAUGAUAUGAUAAUUAAGCGAAGGAAAAUGUUGAGGCAGCAGAAAAAGAAGAGAUGAGGUUUUUUUUUUUUUGACCUUUCUAUUUAGAGUAGUUACAUGGUCAAAAUUUGACGUAAGACAGCUUCCAAACCCAGGCC